AUGGCGAAGCCGUCGACGAGUGUGUGGGUAACAAUGCAGAAGAAGAGAUGGCCUCUGAUGAUUCUGUUGGUUUUAUCUGUAUCAACAGUAGGAAUGAUCCUCGUGAGAUCUAGCUUUGAUUCGUGUAGUGUUAGUGGAAAGAAUUGCGGUCGAUUCGCGGCGGAGAAGGAAGAGAGCAGUGACGUGAAGAUCAGAUCGGUUUCGGGAUCGCUGAAUCCUCUCGGUUUCAUGAAAUCGAAGCUCGUUCUGCUCGUCUCUCACGAACUCUCUCUCUCAGGUGGACCUUUGCUGUUAAUGGAAUUGGCGUUUUUGCUUAGAGGAGUUGAUGCUGAAGUUGUUUGGAUCACGAAUCAGAAACCAAUUGAAGAAGAUGAAGUGGUCAAGGUUUUGGAAAAGAAGAUGUUGGAUCGAGGAGUUCAGGUCAUCUCAGCGAAGAGUCAUAAAGCCAUAGAUACAGCUCUCAAGUCUGAUUUGGUUGUUUUGAAUACUGCUGUUGCUGGGAAAUGGCUUGAUGCUGUUCUCAAGGACAAUGUUCGUGAAGUUCUUCCCAAGAUUCUCUGGUGGAUUCAUGAGAUGAGAGGUCAUUAUUUCAAACCGGAUUUAGUCAAGCACCUUCCUUUUGUAGCUGGCGCAAUGAUUGAUUCCCACGCUACAGCUGAAUACUGGAAGAACAGGACUCAUGAUCGCUUAGGGAUUAAAAUGCCUAAAACUUAUGUAGUGCACCUAGGGAAUAGCAAGGAGUUGAUGGAAGUAGCUGAUGAUAGUUUCGCCAAGAGAGUUCUGCGUGAGCAAGUACGAGAAUCUCUUGGUGUGAGGAACGAUGACAUACUAUUUGGCAUUAUUAAUAGUGUCUCUCGAGGAAAGGGCCAAGACCUGUUCCUGCGAGGCUUCCAUGAAAGUCUUAGAAUAAUCAAAGAGACUAAAAAGCUUGAGGUACCAACAAUGCAUGCAGUGGUAGUAGGAAGCGACAUGAGCGCGCAGACGAAAUUCGAGACAGAGCUACGCAACUUUGUCCAAGAGAAGAGACUUCAGAAGAUCGUCCACUUUGUCAACAAAACGAUGAAAGUGGCACCGUAUCUAGCAGCCAUUGACGUUCUUGUGCAAAACUCACAAGCGAGAGGAGAAUGCUUCGGGAGAAUAACAAUCGAAGCCAUGGCCUUUAAGCUUCCUGUUCUUGGUACUGCAGCAGGAGGAACAAUGGAGAUUGUAGUGAACAGAACAACCGGUCUGUUACACAAUACCGGUAAAGACGGUGUGUUACCUCUUGCCAAAAAUAUUGUGAAGCUGGCGACGGACGUUGAGAUGAGGAUGAGAAUGGGGAAGAAAGGGUAUGAGAGAGUAAAAGAGAUGUUUUUGGAACAUCAUAUGUCUCAUCGAAUAGCUUCUGUGCUUAAAGAAGUGUUGCAACACGCAAAAACUCACUCACGAACAACAAAUUCGGAUAUCUAG